CCCGAACUCGCCCGCAGUAAUGUUUCAGCUCUGAUGGGAAUUUACUUUCGAUUGCGGCUUCGAUUGAAUUCUGACAAGAUUCUUACUGACGACGAGCAUCCUCUCGGUAGAAUCGUUCGUCCAGCAAGAAGAAUACUCGUACCGGGUCACGAUCGUGUGAAAAGUGGGUGGUGCGAAGGAAAGCUUUGGAAUUCUGCUUGCUUUAUUGGAUGCAGUGCAAAAUAUCUACAGUAAACCGCUGAAAAGGCUUGAUUAAUCAGAGUAAUACUGCCGAAGAACCGAAAGAAUUCGUAAAUAGUGGUGUAUGAGUUUUUCCAUCAGAAGACUUUCAGGGACGAAAAAACGCCCCACCCUCCAAUGCUCCCAGGCACGGAUUGGAUAAGAAGGUCGUGUGCUGCCAGUCAACCGGGCUUUGCUGGGGUGUGAUACGGCUGAUAAUCUGGGUUGAUUGCCCUUGGAUUAUAUAUUUUCUUGGAUCGGAAGCUGUGUGAUUUCCAAAUGUAAUCGCCAGACAUUGACAGUAAUUGAUCAUUAGGCCCCAGUAGUGAUUUGACAGAAGCAGUAAAGAAACGGCCUUAUAUUGGUUAGUGUGUAUGUGUUUGUGUGGAUUGCACGAAAAGCGUCUUCACUGGUGGAGAAAGUGAGGGUUGGAAAAGUGGCAACCCAGGGUGGAAAAGCAAUCAGGACGUGAGUGACUGUGUGUUGGAUCCUCAACGACAGUGAUUGUCCCUGGAAAUGCUCCAUUGGGGAAAAGUGUGAGUUGGAAAAGUGACAACCCGCUGUGAAAGGAAUCAGAACUGUGUGUAUGGCCGUGGUGGGGUACGGUGAGUGAUGAGUUCCCCUCCAGAUGUGGUAAACAAUUAGUGAGUGCAAUUCCGAAAACCACACGUGUGAGUAACGUGCCCGUAACUUGUAAUCCCCGGCGUGGCACGUGUUUAAGUGUGAAAGUGAGUGACCGAGCCGUUGUCGGUUGAUAUCGGCGAGGACAACAAGGAAGCUUUCGAAGCUUGGCCAGCUUUGUCGGUCAGUGUUACAGGAGAACCCGAGCUGAGCAGACACACCGGCGGCUCCAAAGAGGGUACCUGCGCUAGGACCUGCUCCCCGGGUGUCGGCGUGGUGACCGCUGGUACUUCCGGCGUUUCCCUCACCCCACGAAGAAGAAGGAGAAAAAUCAGAAGGUGUUACGCGGGGUUUGGGAGGAUAACCACGCGGUUGAGGCACGGUCAGACAUUAUUGGUCCAGGAGAGCCUCUCACCGCCGCAAGACUCGCAAACCCGUCAGCCAGUGGUUAAUCUAUAGCUAUUUUUCGCGCAGCGGUGCCACCUGAGCGAAUCAGGAAGCGUGGAAUAUUUGUAUUUGGUGUUUAUCCGGCGUAACGCGGGACUUGAGUGUGCGUGACUGGAAUUAUCUUUCUGUUGUCGGGAGCGUGUGUGCUUUUUCCGAACCUAUUUUAGUUUUGUUUUCCUUUCCUGUUUCGUAUUUUCCGAACGUGUCCGCGGCUACUGAUGGACGGUCUGUGACCAGUGUGUGAUGAUUUAUUUACGCUGGGAAAAUUUGUUUAUCCACCAUUGGGGUGGCGCUCGUGUUCAUAUGCACUAGAAGAGGAACGAGCUAAGACGAACUGUUCCGUUAAAGAUAUUUACUGCGUUUAAUUACAUCACUAACCCCUUUAACGCUCGGAAUUGAGUCGAAUCCCGUAGUCGGUAACUGCAACAUAAAUUGAGAAAAUAAACAAGAAAAUAACUCGAUCUAAGUGAAUAGCAGAAGGUCGAUAGCGUUAUAGCACAUUCACAGUUUCAAACCAGUCAGUGGCCAUUGAUUCAAACUGCGUGCUGAUAUACGAGUUGAUUAUUAUCAUAAGUAAAUAUUGAAUGAUGAAUAGGGAAGAGCGCUUUCGUUGAAGUGAUAAGAAAAUUCGUGUGAAAAAAGCGCUAAGUAAGGGGCACCGAAAAAGAAACCACGUGAAAAGGUGGAACAAAAAAUAGUUAUAGAAGCAAAUUGUGAAGCAUAGGAAAACUGGAGAUAUUCCAGAAAAAUAUCUUUUAUCGACAACGAUAUAAAAGUGCUUCGUAAGCGCGACAGUGGGUGAGAAAAAAAAAGAGCUAGUGUAAAUAGACGCGUCUCGCCUCAGUGAACUUAUAAAUAGGCAGACCAACAGCAGCAACAACAACCGGAGCAGCAAAAGUCGAACGAAUAGAAGCGAAAACGUUAUCACCACCAUGGCUGACGACGAAAUUCUUUUCGAUGAUGUGUACGAGCUGUGCGAGGUGAUUGGAAGGGGACCCUUCUCGAUAGUCCGCCGGUGCAUCCACCGGGAGUCCAACCAGCAGUUUGCAGUGAAAAUUGUUGACGUAGCAAAGUUCACUGCCAGUCCCGGUCUCAGCACGUCCGAUCUGAAACGAGAAGCUACAAUAUGUCACAUGCUGAAGCAUCCCCACAUCGUCGAGCUGCUCGAAACGUACAGCUCCGAGGGAAUGCUGUAUAUGGUAUUCGAAUUCAUGGAAGGAUCGGAUAUCUGCUUUGAAGUGGUCAGACGUGCCGUGGCCGGAUUUGUGUACAGCGAAGCAGUAGCAUGCCACUACAUGCGACAGAUUCUGGAAGCGCUACGCUACUGCCACGAGAACGACAUCAUCCAUCGGGACGUGCGGCCGGCCUGUGCCCUGCUGGCAACCGCCGACAAUUCCGCCCCGGUGAAGUUGGGUGGCUUCGGAUCGGCCGUUCAGCUACCCAACGGACGCGACUCGGUGGAGACGCACGAACCGAUUCGGUCGUACUUGAGUCCCCGAGGAAAGCUCUACCUGAAAUCCGACGGCGAGGGUCGCGUCGGAUGUCCACACUACAUCGCCCCGGAGGUGGUAACGAGGCGGAUCUACGGCAAGGCGUGCGAUGUCUGGGGUGCCGGAGUGAUGCUACACGUACUGUUGUCGGGCCGGUUGCCCUUUCAGGGCUCCGGCAAGCGACUUCAGGAGGCCAUCGCACGAGGACGGGUGAUGCUGGACACACCGGAAUGGAAAAACGUCUCCUCGACCGGAAAAGAUCUGGUGCUAAAAAUGCUUUCCCCGAAUCCAAUUAAUAGGCCAACCAUCACCGAGAUUCUCGAGCAUCCGUGGAUAAGGGACCGUGACAAACUACAGCGGAACCAUCUCGGGGACACGGUGGAAGAACUGAAGCGCUACAAUGCUCGCCGUAAGCUGAAAGGAGCGGUGCAGGCGGUUGCCGGUGGGGUCGCCCUGGAUCCCCUCUGCUGUGCCGAUACCGACUCAAGUAAAGUCGUGUUGACGAGCACCAGUAGUAAGCCCGCCCAUCGCACCACAAUCAGUUGGAGUUUGGAGAAUGAGAUUAAACACCUCCACGAACAGGUAGGAAGCGCAAUUUUACACACAUGUCGAAUCGAAUCCUGGAUACGGGCCUUAAUCCCAUCAUUCCGCUGCACACCCAUCCGGCAUCCAUCCAGCGCUCGAAAUCAUCUCAUUGUGUGUCACUGUCUCUCUCUCUCUUUGCCCGGCGGCAUGCGACGCGCUGUGUCGGUCAUUGAAUCCUCAUGUUCACGCACGGUUCCAUUACGGCAACGAUGGUUGUAUGUACAGCAUUUCCGUCGACCAACAACAAGCCCCGAACAGGAGCUUCAGGUGGCCAAAAUCGAGCAUGGGAUUAUCGUAAACUGGUUGCCGAGGCUGGGGCGGCUGGAUGGCUCACUUAUGGCUGCGGGCUGAUGGUCACAUAGACGGGCAGCAUAGUGUCCCGGGAUGAUUCAAUUAUGAUCCAGAAAAAUUUCCCGCACCUCGGGAGAUUAUUUCCGGGGAUGAGUAGGUAAAGUUAGUACCUGCCCGAUACUCUGUUGUCCAUUUCCGGGAUCCUCAGUGGAAAAGCGUACCUACUGAUAUUGCAUUGGUGCAAAUUGGAUGGGGUGCCAACAAAUGAGAUGUGAUGGGUGGCAGAGGGAUGCAGGCACAUAUAUUUAAUAUGUAUGCGUUUGAUGAACUGACGCCACAUCAUUCGUCGCCGCAGACAAGGAGCUGGUUAUUGUUUCAUGGUUCUGGCAGCUCAAUUUCUGACGAUGGCAGUGCAUGCGUGGCGGUUGACGCGAGUUAAAUAGAGUCGGGCUGUUUCGGACAUGGUAUUGUCGUUGAAAAUUUCAGCAAUUUUAAUUGGGAUGCAUUGUGACGUGAACUCUAUCAAGGACAUACGGUGGGAGAGAAUUUAAAGCUGGAACAGAAAGGGAAAUUGCAAGAAUAUUGCUUCCAGCCUUUUUACUCACGAUAAUGAGAAAUGAUAUCCCAAUAUGCCUUUUUAUAGGUUUCAAUAACGUAUUGUUUUACAGAGCUGGCAUGGAUCUACAAAGUGUAAAACGGAGCUCUAAUUACAUCGUUGCUGACAUUCGUCCAGCUUCUUCUUCUUCUUCUUAUUGGCAUUACAUCUUAAAAUCUAAAAAUCUUAAAAUCUAAAAACCUAAAAAUCUAAAAAUCUAAAAAUCUAAAAAUCUAUAAAUCUAAAGAUCUAA